CAUUUUCCUUAUAUAUAAUUCCUCUCUUCCCCUGUUUUUCUAAAACUAAAACUUUCAGUAUUUUCUCUUUAAGAAAAUUAUCGAACAGUUGGUGUGCAUAAAAUGGAAAAAGAGGUGAUGAUGCAAUCUCCGGCGCCGGUGGAUUUCAACAUCGACAGUGGUUGUACUACUCCUUACAUGAGUGCUCCUGCUCUAUUAAGUCCUCCACGUACUGCCACGUUGUUUUAUAGUGCACCUGCUAGUCCUACUCGGAUUUCCCCUCUUUACGAUGAAUUCAAUUGGGAAGAAAUCCCAAAAGAGAAAGAUAACCCAGAUGAAGAUUUUGCUUUUGAUUUCAGUGGGCAAUUGGAGAGGAUUUCGCUAUCAGCAGCUGAUGAGCUCUUUGAUUGCGGAAAGAUUAAACCUUUAAAACCACCUCCACGGUUUCAGUACGAAGGAAAACACAUGGAUUCUCCAAAAUCCCCGAAGAAAUCGUUCAUGGAAACAUUUUCUCCUCGACACAAAAAGAAAGAUUUUGACCCAUUUGUUACAGCUUUACAGAAACAGAGCCGAACAGAGAAACCCCAACAAAAUUCUUCAAAUUUAUCGCCUUUGAAAGUUUCCGACUUAUUAUUUGACCACGAAAGCAAUCAAGAAAACACAAAAAAAUCCGCCUCUGUUUCUUCUUCUUCUUCAUCAUCAUCUUCGUCCUCUUCGUCUUCAUCAGUUUCUUCAAUGAUCUCACUCUGGUCCAAAAAAUGGAAAAUCAAAGACUUAUUGCUGUUCCGAAGUUCUUCAGAAGGUCGACCAAGUAGUACAGAGCAACUAAACAAGUACGAAUUGUUGAAGAAAACCGAUGAAGAAGAUGUUAAAAAUUCAAGCUUUAGAUCAACAGAGAGUGUUAGAUCAAGAAAAAAAGGACCCAUUUCUGCCCAUGAAUUGCAUUACACGAUGAACAGAGCAGUAUCAGAAGAAAUGAAGAAGAAAACAUUUUUACCAUACAAACAGGGCUUAUUGGGUUGCUUAGGUUUCAAUCCAUCGCUGCAGGAUUCUGUUUCAAAAAGUGUCGCUAAUUCUAUGUCUAUGAGUCGCCGUUAAUACUUAAGAUUGUGUAUUUUUUUUUUGCCUUAAUUUUGUUAUUCAUUUCCUCUUGGAAAAUUAUUUUGUUACAUAUAUUUCUCUCUGGAAAAAUAUUUUUGAAAAUACAAAAGAGUUUCAUAUAUUGUGUAUUUUACAUGACUUUUUAUUGUGCAUAAAAUGUUCACUUCCAAAAUCCUCUUGCAUACACUU